AAAAGGAUGAGUACCUAGCCCCGAUGGGUGCAAGCUGGGAGGAGGAGCAGCGGCUGGGGCAGGCGAGCCGAUCGCGGGCAGAAGCUAAUCCCAGAAAGCUGGCUAUCUGGGUGGCAUAGCAGAUUUACCACCCUCUACUCGGAAUACACGUUAUGAACCCUUUCUGGAGCAUGUCUACAAGUUCUACACGCAAGAGAUCUGAAACAGAAGAAAAGGCUCUGGUUGGCGAGCUGAAGAACAGUCCUCCACGCACCACUCAAAAAAAGCAGCUGCCUUCGAUCCCCAAAAAUGCUGUGCCAAUGACCAAGCCUGCUUCACCUGCCCUUUCAGCGCAGUCUACAAAUGGGACACAUGCCUCCUAUGGACCUUUCUACCUAGAAUACUCUCUCCUGGCAGAAUUCACGUUGGUUGUGAAGCAGAAGCUGCCAGGUGUCUAUGUGCAACCCUCUUACCAAUCAGCAUUAAUGUGGUUUGGAGUAAUAUUCAUAAGGCACGGGUUGUACCAGGAUGGUGUGUUUAAAUUUACAGUCUACAUCCCUGACAACUACCCAGAUGGUGACUGCCCACGCUUGGUUUUUGAUCUGCCCAUCUUCCACCCGCUAGUAGAUCCCAUCUCAGGUGAACUGGAUGUGAAAAGAGCAUUUGCCAAGUGGAGGCGAAACCAUAAUCACAUAUGGCAAAUACUGAUGUACACUCGAAGGGUCUUCUACAAGAUUGACACAACCAUUCCUUUGAAUCCUGAGGCUGCUGUGCUAUAUGACAAGGAUAUUCAACUUUUCAAGAGUAAGGUGGUUGACAGUGUGAAAUUAUGCAGCAGUCACUUAUUUGAUCCACCAAAAAUAGAGGAUCCCUAUGCAAUUAGUUUUUCACCCUGGAAUCCAGCUAUACAUGAUGAAGCUAGAGAGAAGAUGUUGACCCAGAAGAAGGCAGAGGAUCAACAGUGCAAAAGCAUGCAGGUGUCUGGCCUGUCAUGGGUGAAGCCUGGCUCGGUUCAGCCUUUCAGCAAAGAGGAAAAGACUCUACCUACUUAGUUCCUGUGAAUGACGAAGCACUCAACACUUUCUGCAGGAAGAGGGAAUGUAAUGGAGAGCCAAACAGCAAAGCAGUGGCUUUCCUUCUUGACUUGGAUUAGUAAAGAUGGUAGCAAUGACUCAAGUAAAUCUGCUCAAUGGGAUUGCUCAGACUCUUCGUAUUUUACAUAUGUUUUAACUGCAGGUUGGAAGUCGCUCUUAACAAGGCUGGACUCCAGUUAGUGAAGUCCACCCUGGUGGGUAACGAAAGCCUCAGGGGUCUAAUAUCUGAGGCUCUUCAUUGGGUUACUUUUAAAAGCUUUUAAAAUUUUCCUUCCAGGGGUAGGUUUUUUUAAAAUGUAAAGAGCAGGUGGGAAAAAUACUUUCCAGAGGUAAUCUGUGUUUAUGUAAACUAAUAUAGCAGAGUAAAAUACUAUAUUUAAAACUUUUAAAUGCAUUGGUUUCUAUUGUAAAUACAUUAGGAUAUGGAAUUUGUAAAUAGUUGGUUCUGAUUCCUUCUAGCCCUUUUAGGGGCAGCGAGGCUGAGAUUGGCAUGUAUGAUGUGUAUCUAAUUUUCCUUCCUCCCCCAAAUAGAUAUUGUCACUACAGGCU